AUGUUUAUUCACCGCACUUUUUUGGCAGAUGCAAAGAAGAUAAUUCGCGAGAGAAUUAUUCCAUGGGAGGGUCUUGCUAGAGCAGGCGUGGUAUCGGAAGAUAACGCAAAUCAAAUCAAGAUAUUGGAGAAACAGUCAACCGAAAACAGAUAUGCAACAGUGAAGCAGCAAUUGGACUUGUAUUCCAAAGGGUUGCUUAGUGUCUUGAGCCGUGUUAAGGAUAAAGAUGACGUUAUUAAGAACGUAUUGACCUUGAUAAACGACUUGGUUAUCAAUGUACCAGGCUUUUUGAAAACCUUGUUGGGCUUGAAAUCCGUUGAUAAAGGAUUACCAUACGAUCCAUUUGUUAAACAUUUGCAGCUGAAAGAACCGUUGAUUAAGUCGCUUGCAUUGUACAACCUAGUAAUUUUGUUAAGAUCGGCAGGCGAGGCUGACGCAGAGACUCUCAUCACCGUGUUUAGUACCAUCACUUCACUUCUUGAGCUUCCAGAUACCAAUUACCAAUUUAUUGCCAUUCAGUAUCUCCAAGAAUUGGUCACCAACCGAUCUUACAAGAACAUUUAUCAAAAACAUAAUCUUUUAACCAAUUUCAGGCCGAUUAAUGCAUUGAUUGACAAGCUGGCUGGUCACCCAAAUGCAACCGGUUUGCAACUUUCCUACAAUGUGCUUUUGGCCACAUGGAUAUUAUCUUUUAAUGCGGAAAUUAACAAGUCCAUAGUGCACAAUUUCCCCCAAUUGGCUGGAAAUUUAUUAGUGAUUGCCAAGGAUUCAAUCAAAUUAAAGAUUGUUAGGAUCUCCAUUGCAAUCAUCAAAAACUUUGUUAGUGUUACUACAUCGCCACAGGACCAGUUCAAGGUUAUUAAAAUACUCUUGUUCCACGACGAUGCAGUUAACACUAUCAAGACUUUACAAGAAAGAAAAUUUGCUUCAAAUGGAAGUGACGAAGAGUUGUUUAAUGACCUCGCAUACUUGUCGGAUACAUUGCACGAAGUUGUUUCAAAAAAGUUAUCAUCAUUUGACGAGUACUUAACGGCAUUGGAAAACCCCAAGUUGAUCAGUUGGGCAUCACCAACUCACAAAUCGACUGAGUUUUGGUUAGAGAACUCUGGGAAAUUCAAAGACAACAACUUUAAACUUGUCAAGAGGAUAUUUGAAAUCUUGAGCACUAGUACGAAUAAUCCCGUUGUUGCAACAAUCUUGUUGAAUGAUUUGCAGUUUUUGAUCAAAAACUUGGGACACGACUUGGUUCAUUUCAUCAAUACGGAAAAGGGCGGGCUGUACAAGGUAUUGGUUAUGUCAUUUCUCGAGAAUAGUCAUGGUAACAAUGAGCUCAAGUAUGAGGCAUUGAAGACUAUUCAAUUGCUUGUAGGUCACAAUUUUUAG